AUGCCAUCUGGUACGUUUUCACGUAUGAUAUGUUUCGUUUCUUUCGUGAAUAAAGUGUGUGAAAACACUGAAAAACAAGUGUAAUAAUGCACAAAACAUUUAUUGGACAAAAUAUGAUAGAGAGAACAGAGCGAGAGCGUGGGGAGAGUUUGUGCCGACAAGACUACAUUGCCACAGUGAUAAGAACAUUUUGUUCGUUUUAUCGAUUCCAGCCCACUCUCCUGCUCUCAUUGCCAUGGAUUUUUGCACUUCACUGCUUGAAUGUUUCGGUAAUUGUUUCUGUUUUAUUCUAGUCCCGUUCAAGUCGCUGUGGAGACGGUUAGACAACAAGUUCACUAAGUUUUCACUGGCAGUCGAUGAGGUUUCUUUUAUCUCUGAAAAAAUAAACCCAUUCAAAAUUAAACUUGCUUUGCAGAUAGUUCAAGACCGUAACUUGCUGAGCGUUCCAGAGAAAGUAUGGACUUACUUCUGCUACAGUGUCUACCUCAAUUUCGGCAUUGCUCUCAUUGCAUUUGUAUGUAAUUGCCCAUUACAAACAAAAAAUUCAAUGUGUUUCAGAUCGGAGGAAUCAUGUGCUUUACACUCGGCCUGUACUAUUCCACAUUCUACUCUCGAAUCAAUUGUGAAAAUGGUCUCAACAUUUGGGUUCCUCUGAACAAUCUGGUGAGGCUGUUUGAUAUUGUUAACUUUUGAAGAAGAUAGAUUUCCAGGUGAAAGUGAAAUUGAUGAAACGUUUGAUGAUAUUUGAUAUCAUAGGAAUUGAAAAGAGAAAAAAGUAAAGUAAACAUUCCAGAUCGCAACCUGGACAGGGUUCUUUGCAGUCAAAGCACUGCACAUCAGAUGGUCCGCUUUUGUACACCUCGUUUUUACGGCGACAAUGACACCACUCAUGAUGAUAGCCGCCGUCUACGCUACCACACAAAUUCCAGUGUGCGUCGCUCGAUCCGAAUUACACAAAGUAACUGUUCCUUUACAGCUGGUAUGAGGAACAAAAAAUGAGUCGCGGUGGAAAAGAUUGGGGAGAUUGGAAUGCAGCUGGUGACAUGAUGCUUGCGAUUUGUUCUUACACAAUCGGUAAGAAGGCAAUAGUUCAUUCAGAGUGAAAUUGAUGUUUUUUAGUGAUCUUGUCUGUCUUCCAACUGUACAUUUACUACAAGUACUGGCUUCCGGGUGGACAAACUUUGCGGACUCGAUCCGUUUGA